AGUCCGGCCAGCGGCUGGCUCGGUCGGUUGGUCGGCGGGUGGCUGCGCUCCGUGUCCGAUAUGCGGAGCACCAAAACCAAUUCGGCAUUUAUUGUUCGGGCUGUCAGUGCUCCAGAUAUGACUCUUGAAUCCAGUGAGUCACUAAUGUCACACCAGAUAGAUGAAAUGAAGGAAAGUGAAACUGAAGUGGGGUCAAUUAAUGAAAACGUCCAUGUCAAGCUGAUCAGUGGCCCAACUUCUUCCAGCAUUUAUCACAAUGGCAACGUAAAAUCGUGUAAUGGAUCUACAAAUGGGAACAUUGAUAUCUUGUUAUCCACAGGUAAUUCAGACUCUAGGAUGUUCCAAAGUUCAUCUCCUCAGAAGAUGGAUAACUAUUAUGAUCAGAGAAACAUCAAUGGACAGGAGAGUAGGGAUAGCACAAGUCCUUCAAAAAAUAUGCAAAUAUUUUCAAGUCCAAGGAAGAAGGUCAUUUGGAGCUCUGACAAUAGACCCUGUUCUGUGAUAAUGAUGGGAAAUUCUCCCACGUGGAAUGCCUUAUCAACCCUGAGGAAAAUGAGUUCCUUAAAAAAAUUAAAAUCUUCAGUUUUUCAUGGAAUUCAAGUGAGAGAUAACUCUGCAGUCAGAAAUGUGGAAAAUGUUGAAAAUGAGCACAAACAUAUGCAAAAUGGCCAUGGCGUACAAAUGCAGAAUAAAUAUUCUUGCCCAGAGACUUUACAGGACAUAUGUAGCUCUGCAGAUGACCGUGCCUCAGAUGGCUCGGAAACUGAAGACGUCGAUGAAGUCUUUUUGCGCCACACCCAUCGAUCACGGAGCAUUAGACGUGCUUACAGGAUUGGACGGAUAAAUUUAAUUGACUAUGAUAAAUCUCCAAUUCAAGAGAAUUCUACCAGCAUUGCGCCGCUUGAGGCCCAAGAAUCGAACGUUAGUGAUUCAAUGGUAACCAAUUGUAAAAACCACAAAGUUAUCUACAGAAGAAGCAAAAGCACUGAUAAUUUAAGCUUUUUCAAGAAAAGUUCCUUUAAAAGGAAAUCGGCCUGCAACUUUACAGAGUUAAAAGUAACCAAUGCAAAUGUAGAUUUAGGAAAAACAGCAAGCACUUCGGAAAACGAUGAGGACGCCACAGGCAAUACUAAAAUACAAUCAAAACAUUGGAGAAGCCCAGUCAGGACUAAAAGUUUUGACAGAAUGCUAAGAUUAGUGAGUAAUGUUACAGAAGGUGUAAAAAGGCGAGAAAGCCCUUCAAAGGAAAAUUCACCAUUAUAUGAACAAGGAAUCCGAUCUAAUAGCAGGCUGCAUGAUGAUUAUUCUCGAAGAGUUUCUAGUGGUGCUGACAGUGAAAGACACACAUAUAAAUCCAACUGGAAGAACGAUUCUUCUUCUCUGGAACCCUGUAGCCCAUCCACCACCAUAAGUGUUCCAAUUGUUAUCAUGGACAUGGAGAAAUCAUUGUCUUCACCAGAAUUUCAAAUCAAUAGACCUUCCCAAUGCUUCAGCAAAGCUGUAACAAAUCCAAGUGAUCUAAUUACCUGUUCUCCCAUUAGUCCCACGACUGAUGACGUUUUUUUUAACAAUUCAAGUGAAUCGUCUCGGCUCAUAAUUAGAAAUGAACAGCCCAAAACACCUGACACAGCAGUGACUUCUAAACCUCAGAGUCUUAGCACUGAAAAAAUCAAAUACAACACUCCAUUCCAUUGUUCAAAUCAAUAUAGUAAUUUGUCUCUUAGCUCAACGGACAGCGAUGGACGAACUGAAGGAAACAUUCCAAAAGCUGGAAGAUGUCCUGUAUCUUUUCAGGAUAUGGUGCAAACAGUAUACUUUGAUGGCAAUGAGGACAGUGGCAUUAGCAGCUAUUCGCAGCUCAGUCUGAACACAAUGAUUUCGGAAAUGGACGAAAAGAAAGAAGAGGUUUCCUCUGAAGACCUGUGGAGAAAGCCAUUAUCUUCAUUGGAAGAAGACAUUCUGAACACACAAAGAGUUGGUCAAAGGAGGUGGAACUGUGGAAAAGGCAGGCAGCGACAACGGCCCGUUUCAGACUAUGGCCAGUUUGCGAGCAGGAAGUUUUUUAUCCCAAAGAAUGAUCUUCCUGUUCAACCCCCAAACAUGGAUUUUACAGAUAGUGAGGACACCACUGAUGCAACUUGUGUUGAUUCCCAGCCACAGCAAUAUACAAUUAUUCAGCAUCAUGAGAACCAAAAGAGAAGGCCCAUCUCUGUAAUUGGUGGAUUCAAUGUCUAUGAAAAUAACUCUGAGCAAAUGGAGGACCUUCUUACAGUACAAUCAGUUGUUCGACCACCCAUCCCUUCACAUGAGAUACCACCAUACAAAGCAGUGUCUGCCAGAAUUCGACCGUUAACCUUCUCCCAAAGCACACCCAUUGGUUUAGAUCGGGUUGGACGGAGAAGACAAAUGAGGACAUCAAAUAUAUCUGCAGAUAGAGGCACAGAGAUUUCUGCUCUGGUUGAUGACAAUGGCAGUGAGGAGGAUUUGUCAUAUGGGGAAAUAAGUCGAGCAAAUCCCAGAUACCUUCAACCUGGUGGGGAACAACUUGCUGUAAAUGAGUUGAUAAGUGAUGGCCAUGUUGUAUGUGCAGAGGCGCUCUGGGAUCAUGUCACCAUGGAUGAUCAGGAGCUUGGAUUCAAAGCUGGAGAAGUCAUCCAAGUACUUGAUGCCUCCAACAAGGAAUGGUGGUGGGGCAUGAUUGAUGAUAAAGAAGCCUGGUUUCCGGCCAGCUUUGUUCGACUACGGGUGAACCAGGAGGAUGCCAGAGGUGAAUACACUGGAAAAUCUCCGGAUGAACGGUUGGAUACUCACUGCAGUAAACAUCGCCUUCACAAAAGCGCUGAAAACAAAGAGCAGAUGCGAACAAAUGUAAUCAAGGAGAUCAUGAAUACUGAACGAGUCUACAUUAAGCAUCUGAAAGACAUCUGUGAGGGAUAUAUUCGUCAAUGUCGCAAACAUACAGGGAUGUUUGCUGAAGCACAGUUGAGUACCAUUUUUGGGAACAUUGAAGAGAUUUACAAAUUCCAAAGGAAAUUUCUGAAGGACUUGGAGAAACAAUUCAAUAAAAAUGAACCUCACCUGAGUGAAAUAGGAUCCUGUUUCCUUCGACACCAUGCCGAGUUUGGGAUAUACUCUGAAUAUUGCAACAAUCAUUCCAGUGCAUGUCUCGAGCUAGUUAAACUAAUGAAGCAAAAAUAUCGGCACUUUUUUGAGGCUUGUCGACUGCUUCAACAGAUGAUUGACAUUGCAAUUGAUGGCUUCCUUCUAACGCCAGUGCAGAAGAUUUGUAAAUACCCACUCCAGCUUGCUGAAUUGCUCAAAUACACCACCCCAGAUCACAGUGAUUAUGAGAGCAUCAGUGCUGCCUAUGAGGCCAUGAAGAACGUGGCACAUCUGAUUAACGAAAGGAAAAGGCGAUUAGAAAGUAUAGACAAGAUUGCUCAGUGGCAAGUCUCCAUUGUAAAUUGGGAGGGACAAGAUGCUUUAACUAGAAGUUCAGAAUUGAUCCAUUCUGGAGAGUUGACUAAAAUCUCAAACCAAGGAAAGAGCCAACAGAGGACUUUAUUUCUUUUUGACCAUCAAUUGAUUCUCUGUAAAAAAGAUAUGCUGAGACGAGAUAUGUUGUAUUACAAUGGCCACAUCGACAUGGAUGAAAUAAAAGCAGUGGAUGUAGAGGAUGGCAAAGACAAAGAUUUUAAUUCACAUAAAAAUGGUUUUAAAUUGAAAAGUCCAACAGAGGAAGUCCACCUAUUUUGUGCCAAAAAGCCAGAAGACAAACAACGAUGGCUGCAGGCAUGUAUAGACGAAAGGAAAAGAGUAGAAGAGGAUAAAGAAAUGGGAUUUGAAAUAGCAGAGAGUCAGAAGAAACAAGCUAUGUUAAAUGCCAAAAAAUCCAGUCAUGGGAAAAUGAAGGGACUGAAUUAUAGUGGAUUUUCUGUUCCUCCUCUCCACCAGUCCCUUCACCCACUCCAUCAGCGACACAUCACCGUGCCUACCAGUAUUCCCCAACAACAAGUUUUUGCACUGGCUGAGCCCAAACGCAAACCAUCUCCAUUCUGGCACAGCUUUAGCAAAUUAACCUCCUUUAAGAAAUGAAAAGGAAUUUGGUUUUGAUGAGGUUAAAAACUAAACCAAUCACAAGAGAUUGACAGUUGUGGGAAGACAAUUCUGAAAAUAGUUGAACAAGAAAGCCAUCAAGUGCGAAUCCAGAUUGUGCUUCUACUCUCCGCACUGCUCAAUUGAACUAUUGAAGUCUUUCUGAUAACUAAUCAGCCAGGCAAUGAUCGAAGUCUUUCUGAUAACUAAUCAGCCUGGCAAGCAGGCAGUCACCAAAAACAACAGUUCUAAAUGUACUGCAUGAUGAAUUGAUAAUAUAGUUUAACAUAUAUUGCAGGUUAUUUUGCAAAUAUUUCCUUAAUAUGAAUGACACCAUUAUUGAGGACAGCUUCACCCUUUCCCAUCUUUACAUUGGUACAAGAUAUGUUAGUUAAUCAUGUGGUACAUCACUUGCCUUGAUAUUUUAUAGAAAUGAAAAUGUCCAUAUACCAACCGAGGUAAAUCACAAGCCCUGGCUCAGUGUCAGGGUUUUUUUCCAGUCUUUUAUUGCCGUGUGACAUGUUCCCAAAAUGUACAUAAACAUAUGUUCGUAAACUUUAUGUGUGCUUUAAAUAAAGACAGUUGCUGAUGGAUUCCUUCACAAAAACAGCUAAUCUCAAGGGAAAUAAAGUAUUUUUUGCCUGAAUUAUAUUUUUAACUUAUCAAGGCCUUAAGAUGUAUUGUUUACUUGCAUUAAAAGCACAAUAGAAAUGUUCUUCCUCUUGCUGCAUGUAACCCAGCAAUCUCAAUGGAAAGGAAAUAUAAUUCUCACCAUUCCACAAGAAGAAUACCAAAACAAGCACACAAGACUCAUCGCCUUUGUUUUUAUUUUAGUGAUCAUUGUAAUUAUGGUAUGAACUGUGAAAACCAAAACCAAGCUAUUGCCUCCCAAUUCUACUCAGUAUGUGUCUCGGUGAAUGCAAUAUCAGCUAUGGAAUUGCUUCAUCUUUCUGGAAAUGUAAUCCAGCCAUAUAUGGUCUGAUGAUACAGCUAACUUAUCAGGAUCAUGAAUUUUUUGCAAGUAUUUUAUAAAGUCUUGACUUUAAAAUGUACUUUAAACAAAGUAGCAAUGUUUGUUUUUUUCCACUAUUUACUAAUUUAUUGUGCAAGUGAUGCCUUAAAAUUGAAUGGCAUUAAAAAAUGUAUUUAUAACAAAAACAUUUUGAAAAGCAUCUUUUACGUUGCAGAGGAAUGUAGGGGACAUGUUAUUAUCAAGCUACUAGUUUUCUGCACUAAAGUACAUUAGCCAUAGUAUCUAAAAACAAUAUAAUGCUCUCCCCUUCAUUUCACAGUGUCUGGUCACUGGAUACUUCCAAAUUAUUUGCAAUAUAUACAAAUUGGUCUGUACAUACUGAGGGCGUAUGUAUCCAGUACUAGUUUUCUUUUUGUGACAUUUAACUAUCAUAUAAUAGUAAUGGCUGGGAUGUGUUUCUGUGCAUUCUUAUGACCAAUUGAUAAUGUACAAUAUUAGUACUUAAAGCAUAAAUGUACAUAGCUGAUGUAACUAUUUUUAAGCUUGUUUGGUUUUUAUUGAUGCAGUAAGUAAUUUAUCUGCAGUUAAUGUAAUAAAAACAAUUGCUAAAAUCAUUUAUUUUGGUGAAAUAAAUAUGAUUUUCUCA